UGACUGAGGGGACGCGCUAGUCCCGUUGCAGCCAGACGUGUAGCGAUGCGGCAUUAGUUACUGUUGCUGUAGGAUGAUUGAGGAAAGUGGGAAUAAGCGGAAGACGAUGGCGGAGAAGAGGCAGCUGUUCAUAGAAAUGCGUGCCCAGAAUUUUGAUGUCAUACGACUAUCAACUUACAGAACAGCUUGCAAAUUACGAUUUGUACAAAAACGAUGCAACCUCCAUCUUGUUGAUAUCUGGAACAUGAUCGAAGCCUUCCGAGACAAUGGCCUUAAUACACUGGACCAUAGCACUGAGAUCAGUGUGUCCCGCCUCGAGACUGUCAUCUCAUCCAUCUACUACCAGCUGAACAAGCGCCUGCCUUCUACUCACCAGAUCAGUGUGGAGCAGUCCAUCAGCCUCCUCCUCAACUUCAUGAUCGCUGCCUACGACAGUGAGGGCCGAGGCAAAAUGACAGUAUUUUCAGUUAAAGCUAUGUUAGCAACUAUGUGUGGUGGAAAAAUGCUGGACAAAUUGAGAUAUGUUUUCUCCCAGAUGUCAGAUUCCAACGGUUUAAUGGUAUUUAGCAAGUUUGACCAGUUUCUGAAGGAAGUGCUGAAGCUCCCAACAGCCGUCUUCGAAGGGCCAUCUUUCGGUUACACCGAGCACUCAGUCCGCACCUGUUUCCCACAGCAGAAAAAGAUCAUGUUAAAUAUGUUUUUAGACACAAUGAUGGCCGACCCUCCUCCCCAGUGCCUUGUCUGGCUACCUCUCAUGCACAGGCUUGCCCAUGUCGAGAAUGUCUUCCACCCCGUGGAGUGCUCCUAUUGCCACUGUGAGAGCAUGAUGGGUUUCCGGUACCGGUGCCAGCAGUGCCACAACUACCAGCUCUGCCAAAACUGCUUUUGGCGUGGUCAUGCCAGCGGUCCGCACAGCAACCAACACCAGAUGAAGGAGCAUUCCUCUUGGAAAUCCCCUGCGAAGAAGCUGGGCCAUGCAAUUAGUAAAUCUUUGGGGUGUGUACCCACCAGAGAACCCCCGCACCCUGUUUUUCCUGAGCAACCUGAGAAACCACUUGACCUUGCAAAUAUCGUCCCUCCUCGCCCUCUGUCCAACAUGAAUGACACCAUGGUCAGCCACAUGUCCUCCGGAGCGCCCACUCCCACCAAGAGGUUACAGUACAGCCAGGACAUACCCAGCCACUUGGCCGAUGAGCACGCGCUGAUAGCCGCCUAUGUGGCCCGUCUUCAGCACUGUGCACGCGUCCUGGACAGUCCCAGCCGACUGGAUGAGGAGCACCGGCUUAUCGCUCGCUAUGCUGCCCGGCUGGCUGCAGAGGCAGGGAACGUGACCCGUCCUCCCACCGACUUGAGCUUUAACUUGGAUGCCAACAAGCAACAAAGACAGCUUAUUGCAGAACUGGAAAACAAGAACAGAGAGAUCCUGCAGGAGAUCCAGCGUCUCCGCCUAGAGCACGAGCAGGCCUCCCAGCCCACCCCUGAGAAGGCCCAGCAGAACCCCACGCUGCUGGCAGAGCUGCGGCUGCUGCGGCAAAGGAAAGACGAGCUGGAGCAGCGGAUGUCGGCUCUGCAGGAGAGCAGGCGGGAGCUGAUGGUUCAGCUGGAGGGGCUCAUGAAGCUACUGAAGGAGGAAGAGCAAAAGCAGGCAGCCCAGGCCACAGGAUCGCCACACACAUCGCCCACUCACGGAGGCAGCCGCCCAAUGCCCAUGCCCGUCCGCUCAACAUCUGCUGGCUCCACGCCCACCCACUGUCCGCAGGAGCCCCUGAGCGGAGGCGGGGGCGACAUGCAGGAGGCCUUUGCACAAGGUACGAGGAGAAACCUCCGCAAUGACCUGCUGGUGGCGGCUGACUCCAUCACCAACACCAUGUCAUCCCUGGUGAAGGAGCUCCACGCAGCAGAGGAAGGUGCAGAGGAAGAAGAGAAGAUGCAGAGUGGGAAAGACAGAGGUUAACGGAGGAGCCGGGGACCGAGAGGAAGCGGCCCCGGAGGCGUGGAGCGAGCUGGCAUCGACCUGAGGAAGGCGGGGUUCUCCCCCAGAGGCGCAUUCCUGUCCGUCUUUCCACUGCACACCUGGAUCCGGCUUGCAGGCUGCCAGAUGUCACCACCCCGCCCGGGAAAGGGGAACCCAGAGCCAGUGGGGAGUGGGAGCCCGCCUGAUGCCCUGCUGGUGGGCGGCCCCCUCGCCCAGUCCUGCAUGAACUAGCAUCUUCGCUCUCCCCUCAGGCAGGGUCUCAUCUCUGCGGGGGGGAGUCUAUGGGGGUUAGAAAGAGAAAAGAAACAGCACAAACCUCCUG